UUUGCGCCAGUGUCAGUAAAGUGUCAAAUCCGCGCAGCAUAUUUUGCGUGUAGCCAGCACAACCCCCGAAACAGGACCGACGACGACGGCACCGGAGAGGUGAGCAUUGCAUGAAUCGACGGCGAUUCCUUCGCACGCGCGCGCCUGUUGUUUCGAUCGAACCGUCAGACGGGACGCACAUCGGGACUCGAUUUUCCGGCCCCACCAGCAAAACACAGGUGUGUAGUGUGUGUGUGCUGGAAAACUCCGCGUUUCAUUAUCGCGUGUGUGUGUUAUUUAUCAACUUGUGUUCAUUUCCGUGUGUCCAAAUGGGCAGACGACGGGAAGCCAGCCAGCAUCUAGCCAGUUCCGCUGUGCUGCGUUAUUGACGUCCUUGAACAGUGCCGUGUAUAUUGUUGUGACUGUCGGUGCACGGCGUAAAGUGUAAAGAACAAAUUGCCGAAAAACAGUACGGCACACGCAGCGGCUCGUUCGUGACUGUCCGAUUUGUGUUGCUGGAGCCAAGGUGCAGGCGAAGAGUGUUUUCUCCCUGCCCUGCCUGCCUGCCUGCCUGCCCGAGCGCCAUUGCCAAUUGAACCCACCGAAAUCGAUUGUUUGUUUGUGCAACUGUGACGUCUGCAGACAGUGUUGUGAGAGGUCCGCCCUCCGCCGGCCAUUGCAGCGCAAUCCAAAACAAACACCUUCCUGCGAACCACAAAAAAACAACAUUACCGUCUAACCAUUUCAACAAACAAUAACCAGGGGCCAAAAAUUCCAUCACACGGGCCUGCUCGUGUGGUGUGCCAGUGGCACGGCUCGCCCAAGUGUCCUUUGCCCAGUGGCUGGCUGCAUCCUCCAUUCAACAUCUAUCGAAAUUUCGGUGCUUUUGCUCUCAUCUCCUUCCGAAUGACAGUUGUGUGCCGUCAUUCGUCGUAGUGUGCAGCAGUGUUAGUGGUGUGUGCGUGUAUUUUUGCACGGAAGCUGUGACAAGGUGGAAGCGCACACAAGUGUACAAGGGUGUGUGUGUGUGUGAUUGUGUGUGUUUGUAGUAUGAAACUCGUGCAAAAUUAAAUAAGUAUUUCAGAAGCGCUUGUAAAAGUAUUUUUGCAUUAAUUUUUGCCCUAUAGAACGGGCCCGCGCGUGUGUGUGUGUGUGGCCGUGAAAGCGAGAGUGUAAACGCGCCGUCGAACCGUCAACAGUGGUGCAGGUGAAUUUACCGCGUUUGUUGGUGUGUGUGUGUGUGUGCGUGUUGGUGUACGAUUGUUUGUUCCGUUUUGUGCUUGUGUGUGGUGUGCGCGCUUGUGCACCAUCGUUACCGGUGUGUGUGUGUGUGUGCGUGUGUAAACGAAGCGCUAACCUGCAGUAGUGUAGGUAGGUAAACAAAAGCAAAAGCCCCUGUCUCUGCUCUGUCAGCAGAUCUCGUCGGUGCCUUCUCUUUCCCGCACGGUGCGUUGGCCCCCCUAUUGGCCUUUUUCGCUCUCUGCACUGUGUGUGUGUGUGUCUUGUAUCGUCGACCGGUUUGCGAAGGGAACGGAGAAAAACACGCAUGCUUUGAUCGGGACGGGGAUCAUCAUCUCCUGCUUGCGCGGGCCAGGGGAAGGAGGGCACGAAAUUUUGACGGCUGUAUGUUUAUAGAUAAAUCUGUCAGCACUUAGCGGCCACAUUUCCUGGAAGCGCUCGUCUGGACGAUCGAUCGGUAGCGGAUAAUAAUUGGCAACUUGGUUUUCGGGAAGAAGGUGUACGCGAAAGAGAACAAGAAGCAAAAAAGAUCUUUAUUCAACUUUAUAUUGAGCUUUCCAUUGUUGUGCAAAACGUGCGGAGGUGUAUCACGUAUCACGUUCAUCAAUGCGACGGGAGUGAAAAAUUACACAAUCCACCGAAACCAGCAAACAAAACCCCACCGGCGGCAGCAAGGUGUAUCCCACCUGGAACUUUUCAUCCCUUUUAACGCUCGCGCGUGUGCGUUGGGCAGGCAAACAACGAACCGCACCCGGGCAACAAUGUAAAUGUCGAAUAACAUCACGUACCCGGUCUCACGCAUUCAUAGCCAAUUGCGCGUGAUUGAUGCUAGCAUUGGGAAGGACAGUACGUUGCGACGGGAACGAUGAAACCGGGGAGUGCCACACCGCCGAACCUAUUAAAAGAAACAAAUUACGUGCGGGAGACUACUACCCCCGUCCAGAAAACAUCGCACCUGGAUCCCAUUGUGUGUGUGCGUGUAUUGCAAGUGCUGGUAGAUAGAGAGGGAAAGACCAGUAGCUUAGAACUAUAGAACAAACAGAACCACAUCUACUACAUUGACGCGAAAGGUAAUUUGUAAUCGGGCCCCCCCACCUCUACAGUAUUUUACGGUUUGAUACUGAUUAGUGCGCGAGACCCGGCCUCUACAAGGGAACUGGGCCAGUGUGAAGAGCCUAGCAGUGGUAGUAGUUGGUCGCGGUGUGCCGUCCCAGAGCGGAGAGGUGGCGUCGCGUUAAGCGGGGCCAGUCUCAUCAUGAAAGCAUCGGAUUCCACGGUGAAGCUAUGGAGUGCCACCUCGUCACCGUCGUCCAGUACCGAACGCCUCUACCCGGCCCGGACGCCCGAGCCGUCCGUCGUGCCGCCGGGUGGUGGGGACGACAGAAGAACGCUGUACGGUGCAGCAGCAGCACCGUACGCACAGCGACAGAACGGCGAUCGGCAGCUUCCUCCACCAGCGUGCAGUGUGGCUGGCGGCGCCACGGACACGGCCGGCACCCGACCGGCACACUCAGCGAGCGAACACAUCACACUAAAUCUAGCCGGCUAUUCAGCUGAUCAUCGCAGCAUGAAGAGUGCAAGCAGUGGAGGAGAUGGCAGUGGACGACCACGAGCCAGUAGGUCGUCGGAUCAGCAGCAGCAGCAGCAGCACCAGCACCAGGGUGCUUCUGCCGCAACGGAAGCUACGUACGGAGUCAGUGUCGCGCCAUCGAGCACGGCGUACGGUCACAGUAGUGUAAAUAGCAAUCACAGCCUGCCCGGUACGGCGGGCUCGAAUAGCCGCAGCCGACACGGUUACGGCGGCAGUAGCUACAGCAACGGCAGCAUCGCCGGCUUCAACAUUAACGGUAGUGGUGGUGAGCGAAGUGCCUAUCUGCCUUGGUUUUCCCUGUGCUACCACGGCAAGAUGCGGAUGUUCGUGUUCCUGCUCGGCGUAUGUCUCGUCUCUGUGGUCGCGUACGCGCACUACGUGGAUAAUUCACCGAUCACUAGUCUUAUGCAUCGUGAUGCAAGGCCACCGGCGCCACAGAUCCACUGCCGGAUGCUGAACGGGAAAACCGCAAUCGAUGGUGCGCUAACGCCGGACCACCGGUCCGAGGCCCGGUUGCGCAUCGACCCGAAGGUGCUAGUCUUCGUCGAGACGACCUACACCCCGCUGGGCAAGAGCAUCACCGAGCUGCUCGUGCACAACCGUAUCAAGUACAAAGUGGAAGUGGCCGGCAAAAGCCUGCCGGUGCUAACCAACCAGGACAAGGGCCGGUACGGUGUGAUCGUGUUCGAAAACCUGGACAAGUAUCUCAACAUGGACAACUGGAACCGGCAGCUGCUGGACAAGUACUGCCGGGACUAUUCCGUCGGCAUCAUCGGGUUCGUGAGCCCGAGCGAGGAAACGCUGGUCGGUGCCCAGCUGCGCGGCUUCCCGCUGUACGUGCACACGAACCUGCGGCUGCGGGACGCAAGCCUAAACCCUGGUUCGCCCGUCCUGCGGUUAACGCGCGCCGGCGAUACGGCCUGGGGCCCGCUGCCCGGCAACGAUUGGGCCAUCUUCCAGCACAACCACAGCGGGUACGAGCCGCUCGAGUGGGCGCAAAAGAACGUAAUGGACUAUCCGACCGAUGGGGUGGCGCAGCCACCGCUCGCGACCGUACUGCAGGAUCACGGCCAGCUCGAUGGCAUCCAGCGGAUACUGUUCGGGUCGGGGCUAAAGUUUUGGCUGCAUCGGUUGCUGUUCCUAGACUCGCUGUCGUAUCUCAGCCACGGACAGCUGAGCCUGAACCUGGAGCGACGCAUCCUGAUCGACAUCGACGACAUUUUCGUGGGCGAAAAGGGUACGCGCCUCAAGCCGGACGAUGUGCACGCGCUGAUUGCGACGCAGAACCGGAUCGGCGAGAUGGUGCCCGGGUUCCGGUUCAAUCUGGGCUUCUCGGGCAAGUACUUCCAUCACGGGACGCACGAGGAGAACCUGGGCGACGAUAUGCUGCUGCGCAACGUGGCCCAGUUCAACUGGUUCUCGCACAUGUGGAACCACCAGCAGCCGCAUCUGUACGAGAACGUGACGCAGCUGAUGAACGACAUGAUGCUGAACAAGGACUUUGCGAAGGAGCACGGCAUACCGACCGACUCGGGGUACUCGGUGUCGCCGCACCAUUCGGGCGUGUAUCCGGCGCACGAACUGCUCUACACCGCGUGGAAGAAGGUGUGGAACAUUAAGGUCACCUCGACGGAAGAGUAUCCCCAUCUGCGGCCGGCCCGGCUGCGGCGUGGCUUUAUCCACCGCAACAUUAUGGUGCUGCCCCGGCAAACGUGCGGGCUGUUUACGCACACGAUCUGCAUCGACAGCUAUCCGGGCGGGCGGGACAAGCUGGACGAAUCGAUCCGGGGCGGCGAACUGUUCCAAACGAUCGUGUACAAUCCGAUCAACAUCUUCAUGACGCACAUGUCCAACUACGGCAAUGAUCGGUUGGCGCUGUACACGUUCGAGUCGGUGAUUAAGUUCCUGCGCUGCUGGACCAAUCUGAAGCUUACGUCCGUGCCGCCGCUGCAGCUCGGCGAGCUGUACUUUAAGCUGCACCCGGAAGAGCGCGAUCCGAUCUGGGGCAAUCCGGCGGACGAUCCGCGCCAUGCGAAGAUAUGGGCGGGCAACAAGCGACGAACGACGCUGCCGAAGCUGCUCGGGCUAGGGCCGCAGAAGACGGGCUCGACCGCGUUCUACACGUUUCUGAGCAUGCAUCCGGCGGUGGCGAGCAAUCUGCCGAACUCGGACACGUUCGAGGAGAUUCAGUUUUUCAACGGCAACAACUACUACCGGGGGUUGGACUGGUAUUUGAACUUUUUCCCGCUGCAACCGAACGAUACGGACGAUAAGUUUAUGUUCGAAAAGUCGGCCACCUACUUCGACGGCGAGCUGGUGCCGAAGCGGGCCCACGCGCUGUUGCCCAAGGCGCAGCUGGUUACGAUACUGAUAUCGCCCGCGAAACGAGCGUACUCGUGGUAUCAGCACAUUAAAGCGCACGGCGAUCCGAUCGCGAAUAAUUACAGCUUUUAUCAGGUCAUAACUGCCUCGGAAGCGGAACCGAAAGCGCUGCGAGAUUUGCGCAACCGCUGCCUCAACCCGGGCAAGUACGCCCAGCACCUGGAACGAUGGCUCGCCUGCUACCCGCCGCAGCAGCUGUACAUCAUCGACGGGGAGCAGCUCAAGACGAACCCGGUCACGGUGAUGAACGAUCUGCAGCGCUUCCUGAAGCUGCCACCGUUCGACUACAGCCGACAUCUGCGCUUCGACAAUAAGAAGGGUUUCUACUGCCAGGUGGUGUCGGACAAUCGGAACAAGUGUCUCGGCAAGUCGAAAGGUCGCCAGUAUCCGCCGAUGGACGAUCGGAGUGCAAAAAUGCUUCAAAAGUACUACCGCAUUCACAACCAAGCGCUGGUGAAGCUGCUGAAGAAGCUUGGCUCGCGACCAAUUCCCCAGUGGCUGAAGGAGGACCUAUCGGUGACUUCUUAACGAACGUAGCGACACCGGCGUGACGACGCCUAAACGGGCGCAUAUACAUACAUAUAUUCCACUACUUUUUAGCGUAAAGCAGCUGUGUGCGGGUCCUAAGCGGGUAGAGUGAGAUAGUGAAUGUACAGUGGCAGCAGCACUAGUGAAGGCAUAGUAACUGUACAGCUUUGUAUAAAAAAGUAGUAUCGACGUUGGAUUAAUGCACUGCAGGAAUGUUGUAAGAUGUUAUAAUAGAGAAGGAGAGAGAGAACUCUGUUAAGUCAGUCAGUCAGUCAGAAUGUUUCCCGCUGUCCAUGAACCGCUGUGAUGUGGAGGAAGAUGUAUCAUUUUUUACGUAGUAUUACGUCGGUUCCUUCGUUAUUAGUCGUUGUGUGCGCAUACGUGUGUAACGUUAGCCUCAUUAGGAGAAAGAGUUGAAAAGCUGCCGUUUUUGGUUUUAACACAUCGUGUUUCGGGUGAAAUGCGCAUGUUUUUUUUUUAUUUUGACUAUCCUUUCUUCGUCGGAGCAAUAAUGUAUAAAACGGAGCAAAUUAUUAACUAUAUUUUAGAGAAGAAAAAAAUACCUCAAUCUGUUCUAAUCUUCGACAAUAGCAACCAGCAGCUGCUAGCGUGUGUAUUUAAACUGUUUGAGUUGUGUCACUACGGUAUAAUUUCGCAUCCGGUCUCUCGAUAUCACGGUGCGUCGAUGCAGCACCCUUAUUCGGAACUGAACAGCUCUAGCACCAAACGAAGCUCUAAAACAAGUGCAGAACCAACCAGUACGCAGUGCGCGGUGAUGCGGCCAUCCUAGCCAUAUAAGUAUGUAAGUGAUAUUAUAUUUUCCUACUGUAUCGUUUGUUUUAACAUUUUUUGGUUUAACACUCCACUCGUUAGUACAACAAGGGCAGAAGAUUGUGUUACGCGACAGAAAAGUUGACCAAUUAUUUGUAUGCAUAUCGAAGGCCACUAAUUCGUUUAAGCAAAGGUUUAAUUUUAUCGUAAAAGAAAGCAACACCUCAUAGUUUAUCAAUCAAUAAGUAAACCAGGAAUAGAGAGAGAGAGAGAUACCGUGAAAGCAGGAAUCAACAGCCAAUACAAUACACAAUGAUGUAAUGCCAGUACUUAUAGCGAGGUAAGGUAAAGUUGCAUUGUGCUUGUUGGUUGUUUGGUUUUUCUUUCUGUUGAUGUUCAUGAUUCACACACAAAUGGUACUUAAAUUCUUUUUUAUGAGUUAAUUUUAUGAAAUCAAUUCUGUUGCCCAUGUUUUCCCUUUCCUAAUUACGCCACACGCCACAAGCAAUGGGCGAUAAUUGGAGCCGCUUUUCCGGAAGCGCUUAAGAAUGUAAAAGGGACAAAAAUGUUCAAUUAUCGUUAGUGAGUGGAGAGUGUGUGGGCGAUUAUGCGUUCGUAGGGUAUAGAUACAAAGCAUACCAAAAACAAAACAAAACAGUGGGAAAACAAAAGAAACGAUACACCCCCAAACUAAAGCAAAUUACAAAUCGAAAUUCGAAAGCAAAUUAUUAACAUAUCGAGAAGCGGAAUGAAAUAAUGAGGAAGGGAGUGCAAAAAACAAACAAUAAGAUAGCGAUGCUAAAAUGAGCUCAAAUAGAACCGGAAAAUGGGGAACUAUAGAAGUACUGUAAAAACUGGAUGUUUUUUUCCAUUGUCGGCAGCUCAAGAAAAUAAAUCGAAAAGAAGUGAAAUAUUUAUUUCUCCUAAAAACGUUACAAACUAAUGCAAGAAAUACAGCAUACAGAGCAAGAGAGAGAGAAAGAGAGAGAGAGCUUUUGCCGUUCGUCAGUCACCUUAUUCCCAGACGCGUUUCUUGGUGCAAAUACAAUAAUUGCAAGCGUUUGUAUGUGUGUAAAGCGGUACGAAAAUUACGUUGUACUUGUGCUCGCCAUCACGAGCGGGUCAGUGUGCCAGCGUGCCACCAUGUAAAGUACUAGAUAGGAUCAAAAUGAAGCGAGUGGAACGAUUAAAGCCUACAAAGGGUGAUAUUUCGUUCGAACGAGAGGGAGAGACGGAGAAAGCUAGAAAUAGGAAGCAAACGCUUUGGAUUAAAUAAAACGAGAUGCAGCUAAAAAUCAACAUCAGAUAGUGUGAGAUCCCUUAUAAAUGCACCGUGGAAUAAUGUAAGUUACAAAGCAAAAACAAACCGUGUACAUACAUAGGGCAUUAUCUCUGAAUUGAAAAUCCCGACACCAACAGGAAGCAGUGUGUGCCUGUGUGUACCAUAUACGAUGUGUAAGAUAUCGGCCGCGGCCAAACACAACAGGUCGUUUCGCUUUGCUGGUCUAGAGAGAAAUGCCGAAAUGGUGAACAGAUGUGCAGCAGUAGUAGUAUGUAAUAAGCCCCAAAGGAAAACCAUCAUCUUACUUGCGAGAAACUCUGUGCCCAGAAGUGGCCGAAAAAUAAAGAAAGAGAAACAAAUCAUUAUUACAUUGUUUUCUCAAUACCGACUAACAAUGCAAUAAAACUCGUGUCACACUGUCCCGUCGCGAUUCCAUGGGAUAAAAAGGCAUCAAUGCAAAUGAA